AUGGCGGUCGGCACCGCCGCACUGCCGAGGACGGCCGACGCCCCACCCGCGCAGAGAUCCCCCACGCGUCGUGAUCAUUGCCAGAUCAAUCCGCCCGCCCCCCUCCUUCCGCGCCCCUUGCACUUCGCAUCCGCCGCCGGUCGCCAUCCCCAUGGGCCUUUCGUCACCGCACCUUCGGCCCACGUCGCCUUUUGCACCACGCUCGCCCGCCCCCGACCCCACUCCGUCCCUCGCGCACUCCCCCCCCUCCAACCCCAACGCUCCCUCCCGGCACCCCCGCACCCCCCCUGCCCCCUCCCCCCGGCCCCGCUCCGCAAUCCCCCAGAGCACCGGGAAACGGCCCGUCGGCCACACCCCGCCGGCCCACCCCGCAACCCCGGGGAUGCGCCCUCUAGAGCGCGCACCCCCGGAGACGCACGCCUCCGCUCGACUCCCCCACAAAACAAAUAA